UUUGCUGCCGAUCAAUUCAUUCCCUUCUUGGUUCGUAACUCUUGUCUCGAGCAACAAGUCAGUCCGUUUCCAGCUGGGUUAUUCCUCUUGUUCCGUCCUUCCACCCCCCAGCUGUAUCCUACCCUUCCACUCCCCAUUCUAUCCGUUCCCUCCGACGUAUACUACGUGUUAGCAAGCAAUGGGAUGCACUCAGUCUACUGCCAUUGAUGAGGCCGCCAAAGCCCGCAAUGACGAGAUCGAGAACCAGCUUAGGAAGGACCGGGCAGAAGCCCGCAACGAGAUAAAGAUGCUCCUUCUGGGCGCUGGUGAAUCUGGCAAGUCAACGGUCCUUAAGCAAAUGAAGCUCAUACACCAUGGCGGUUAUAACGACCAAGAAAGGGAAUCUUACAAAGAGAUUAUCUUCUCGAAUACCAUUCAGUCUAUGCGUGCUAUCCUUGAAGCGCUCCCUCUACUCGGCAUAAAUAUUCAGCCUGCUAAUGAUGGUCGUCGCGCAAUCAUCAUGUCUUUGCCUGGACAGAUCGAAGGCGACACCCUCCACCCUCACAUCAGUGAUGCUGUGAGGGGGUUGUGGAAUGAUCCCAAUAUCAGGGAAGCCGUAAGGAGAGCAAGGGAAUUUCAGCUGAACGAUUCUGCUGUAUACUAUUUUAAUGCCAUCGACCGUAUGUCGGCCCCUGGUUACCUCCCUACAAACCAGGAUAUCCUGCGCUCUCGAGUGAAAACAACGGGAAUCACCGAGACGACGUUUCGUGUUGGUGAGCUUACGUACAAGUUGUUCGAUGUCGGUGGGCAGAGAAGCGAGCGGAAGAAGUGGAUCCAUUGUUUUGAGAAUGUGACGGCGUUGGUGUUUUUAGUCUCACUCAGCGAGUACGACCAGAUGUUAUACGAGGAUGAGAGUGUAAACCGCAUGCAGGAGGCACUGACACUGUUCGACUCCAUUUGCAACUCCCGUUGGUUCGUCAAAACUUCCAUUAUUCUUUUCCUCAACAAGAUCGACCUUUUUGCUGAAAAAUUGCCAGUUUCUCCCUUGUCUGACUACUUCCCUGACUUUACUGGAGGCCCUGAUUACGAUGCAGCUUGUGAUUAUCUCCUGCAUCGUUUCGUCAGUCUUAACCAGAGUGCAAGUACGAAGCAGAUUUAUGCUCACUAUACUUGUGCUACUGAUACACAACAAAUCAAAUUCGUCUUGAGUGCUAUUCAGGAUAUUCUGCUUCAGAUACACCUCAGAGAAUGCGGAUUGUUAUGAAGAUUUUAUGACGCGGAUGAAGGCUUGUACCCGUCUUGGUAUACACGCUUAGAAGUUAGGACUAAGGAUUAACAAAACACCAUAUAUUUUUCCCUAUCCCUCUCGCAUUCCUCCGCUCCUCUGCCUCCGGAUUUGUUUUCAUGACUUUUAUAUUCCCUUCUUAUCUCGGCUGUUAUAUUCAUAUUUCUCCAGCAUUCUC